CUCAUCAUCUCUCGCUCUCUCUCUCUCUCUCUCCCUCUCUCUCUCUCUCUGUCCUUUCCCGUCUCGGGAGCAGACAGUCAGCCGAGCAUCGGCACGGCAACAGAGGACAGAGGAAACGUCGUUGACAACAACUCAACAUUGAGACCAUUCACAACAACAACACCAGCAGCAGCAGCAGAGCAUCACCUGCGAUACAGUUCAAAGCAGAAGCAACAGAUUGCCCCUCAGUUGCAUUUGUUCCUGCAACUGAUGCUCGGGGCUCGGAGAAGCAGCAGAUUUGCAGCAGCUCCUGCAGCUGCCGUCCCCCGGGGGUUUGAAAGUCAGGUUCUCUGCUCCUCUGCUGUGUCGGUGCACGAGGAAACGACAGCGCUGUCAGACGCCAACGAGAAGCUUUGAUUCAGUCUGAGAGCAACACGUUUUCGAGCGGGGCGUCAACAUCACCUCUACCACCAGCAGCGUCUCCUCCCAUCCUCCGUCCUUCCUCCGCCAGGAUCUGAAGAACGACCAGAGCAAUCAGAAGGUGGAGGACGAAGGAUUGACAUGCAGAGUUCGGGGAGUUUCGCCGUGAAACCAAAAAAGACGAGAUAAGGUUUCUUAUCGGCGUAAAGACGCAGGUAAGAUUCAGACGUCAGGAAGUCCAUCAGACUUCUGAGGAGGAGACGGGGAUGAAGAGGAGGAUGCGCACCAGCAUCUGCCUGAGAACGGAAGCAAAACAAGAAUCCACAAACUAGAGAAGGGAUGACAGCAGGAGGGAGGUAUCACUCAGCUACACAAAGCCAUAGAUAAAUAUUCAGUUGAAAAACACCGUGAACCAAACAGAAACAUAUCUUGGUGCCCAGUUUUAUUUCUAGGAUGAUUCUGCACCAGUGGAAAUUACAUCUCAUCUGAUGCAUCAACAUCCAAAUCGCUCUUUGACGUCAACUUUUCCCGCCACUUUCACCGCGAGAAAGUUUUCGCGCCGAUUUCGGUCGGUGUGAGAAUCUUGGGGUUUCUUGCGCGACUCUUCUUUUCGGGGUGAGGUGGAUCUGCCGUUGGGGGCAGCUGACAGCCAUCCAAGACGCCGCGCGCCGUACUCCGCGUGAAGAAUGCCCAGCCGCGCUUGGCCAAGCCGGCCGACCCGGGCCCGACGGCGGGCCUGUACAUGGAGAGAUCGCAGAGCCGCAUCAGCCUGUCGGCGUCCUUCGAGGCCCUCGCCAUCUACUUCCCCUGCAUGAACUCUUUCGACGAGGAUGAUGGGGUGGACACAGAGGGCAGGAAGUUGAAGGGAGGCAUCCAGAGGAGCACAGAGACAGGUCUGGCUGUCGAGAUGCCGAGUCGGACGGUCCGUCAGGCCAGUCACGAGUCCAUAGAGGACAGCAUGAACAGCUACGGCUCCGAGGGCAACCUGAACUACAGCGGCAUGUGUCUGGCAUCUGAUGCUCAGUUCAGUGACUUCCUGGACGGGAUGGGACCCGCCCAGUUCGUUGGGCGACAGACGCUGGCGACGACCUCCAUGGGCGAUGUAGAGAUCGGCCUGAUGGAGAGGAACGGAGGUCUGGAGGUGGAGGUCGUCCAGGCCAGAGGACUCACCAUGAAACCGGGCUCGAAGGGACCUCCAGCGGCCUACAUCAAAGUUUACCUCCUGGAGAACGGCAGCUGCGUGGCCAAGAAGAAGACCAAGUCGGUGAGGAAGAGUCUGGACCCUCUCUACAACCAGGUCCUGGUCUUCUCCGAGAGCCCACAGGGGAAAGUGGUGCAGGUGAUCGUUUGGGGAAACUACGGACGAAUGGACCGCAAAUGCUUCAUGGGUGUAGCUCGAAUCCUAUUGGAGGAGCUGGACCUGAGCACGAUGGUGAUUGGCUGGUACAAGCUCUUCCCUACCUCCUCCAUGGUGGACCCGACAAUGGCGCCACUUAUUCGCCACUCGUCCCAGAUGUCCCUGGAGAGCACCAUCGGGCCGUGUUGCGAGCGAUCCUAAGACUCACGCAGAGAUGUUUAAUUUUUGUUGUUUGCGAGAUGCUCUUGCUGUUUGGACACGUUUUUUAUACAGCCUGUAGACCUGCGCCAGGGUCGACCAGGGGGAACUGCCCCUGGAGUGGGAGGUUGUUCAGUAUCUUACACAACGGCACUCCGACAAGUCCAACCACACCAGGGAAUGAAUCACUCCCCUCAUCUGGAAAUUAUUUUACAAAUCAGUAGGUAAUCCUGGCGCUCACUGGAAAUGCGCUGUAUUUCUUUUGAUAUUGUAUCAGACUGUUUUCCAGAGACUCGUGGGAGGCACAUUUCUUUUGUUGUUGCAACAGAUCGCCCCUCAGACUUACGAGAACUUUUUGCUCUCCUCGGAUCUCUUUGACGAAAAAAACAAAAAAACAUUACUUAAUGAGAAAACUUCAAAGGACGGCUCAGUUGCCGACAUUGAUCACAUCCUGUUGGGACCACGAUACACUGCGGGCUCGGCUUUGCUUCAGCUACGCGCCUUCUUCACAGCUACCUUUGAUUCUCACUCCCAGGACUGCUUGUUGUCUUUCAGUGUCCUCAUUAAGGGGAUGGGUGGCCCCUGAGUGUUUUCUGUCCAUCCACCAGUCUGGGAAGUGUGGGAGACUGUCCCCAGAUAGUUUGAGACACCCAGCCUCCCAGUUUGCAGGAGCAUGGGGUCAACCGGUUGUACGUGAAUGCAUCUGUGCGCCGCAGGACUAAAGAAGACUUCCAGAGACUCAUUUGUUGUAACCAACCGAGACAUCUUGGUUUCGAACACAUUGACUUGAGCAGUUUUCGUAUGUUCUCUGUCACACAUUUGGCCCCUUCGGUGUUCUGCAGGUUUUCUAUCCUCCCAGUUUGUUAGCACUGUAGUAAAAAUGUGUUUUACCUGCACUGCCAGCUGUUCAAUUGGUUCCUGGGUGGAACUAUUCAGCUCACAAGCAAGUUCUGAGUUCCCAAAGACCAUGUGCCAUAAUGCUCGAAGGGCCUGUACAUUUUCAUUGCAAUCGAUGAAGACAUUAGCUGAUUUAACUGAUUAUAGUCAUUUUUGGGGGGCAGGGGCACUUUUAAAGGCUCAUUUAUGCUCAACAUUAGAUAUGGAACCGAAUGGAGCCGUCUAACGAACACAGAAGAAACAGACUAAACAGAGAAGUACCACCAGAAAAACAUACGGUUGUGACGUUUACAUUGUUUAAGAUGGAUUCAUCUCUUGUCCUACGUCAAUGCAGCAACAAUGAGCCUUAAGUCAAAUCAGUAAGUGUUAUGUUUGGUAGGAAUGAAAAUGAAAAUUGUGAUUCAAGGCCCUAGUUUACCUGGUGGUUCGUCAAAUUUGAAAUCUGAUCGUCUGAACCACUAUAACAGUUGAUUCUGUUUGAGCCAAAAGGGAUUAAUUGAAAUUCGUAUAAAUAUAAAAGACCCAGAACCUUUUUUCUCACAUGUGCAUUGGUGCAUAUCAACGGAAGCCCAACGUGGAAACACUGUAAGUUCAAACAUCUGGUGUUACAUCUGGAUUCUGUCUGAAUCUUCUGCAUUUAAUAUAGUAUGUGACGGAAAUUACAAUUCUAAGAUCUUACCACAGAAAUGUGUGACUUUCUCGUCUUUAAACAGUCUUGAACCAGCCAGGUUUCAAUGGGCUCUGAACUCCACUUGGUUGUGCAGGUUACAUCAAAUGCAGGGGGCAGUAUUGUUCCCAUGUAGCAGCACUGACACGU